GAAGGCGGGACUGCCCGUGGGCUGCCAAUAGGAGCGGCGGCGCGGGGGGCGGGCGGCCAAUGGGGAUGGCGGAGCGGGCGGCGGGAGCGGGCGGGUGGCGGCGCCGGCGCCGGGCCGGGCCCGGUACCGGCGGCGGCUCCGGCCGGUCCCGCGCCCGCGGCGCUGCGGCGCGGCGGCGGCGGAGGCGGCGGCGACAGCCCAUGCGGCCCCGGGCGCCGGUGACGGCGGUGACAGCGCGGGAGCUCUGCGAGAACGACGACCUGGCCACGAGCCUCGUGCUGGACUCGGUGCUCGGCUUCCGCACGCACAAAAUGGGGGUCAGCCCCCUGCCCGCCCUGCGGCGCCGGGCCCAGCUCCGAGCGGCCAUCGAGGCCUUCAGGCAGCGCCGGGACCUGGAAGCGGCCUGGAGGACGCUGAGCGGGGCCUGGGCUCCCGCUUUCUUCCGCCAGCGGCGCCCGGUGCAGCGGGCAGCGCUCAAGAGCCACGUGUUCCGGUACCUGCGGACGCUCCUGCCCGAGAGCGGUUUCAGCAUCCAGCGCUGCACCCGCUACAGCCGCGACACCAACGGCGCCAGGGUGGUCUCCACCCGCGCGUGGCGCAAGCACGAGACUCUGGAGCUGCUGGGGGGCUGCGGGGUGGAGCUGCGGGGCUCGGACCGGGCGCUGCUCAGGGCUGGGGACAACGAUUUCAGCCUCAUGUACUCGACACGCCGCAGGAGGACCCAGCUCUGGCUGGGCCCCGCCGCCUUCAUCAACCACGAUUGCCACCCGAACUGCAGGUUCGUGUCAGCCCCGGGCGGGGCGCGGGUGCAGGCGCUGCGGGACAUCCCUCCCCGGACGGAAAUCACCUGUUUUUACGGAGACGGCUUCUUCGGAGAGGGCAACCGCGGCUGCGAGUGCCGCACCUGCGAGAGGCGAGGCGAAGGCGCCUUCCGUCACCGCGGCAAGAUGGCGGAGCCCCCCCCUCGGGACCCCCCACCCAAAUACGAACUGCGCGAGACGGACGUGAGGCUGCGCCGGGGGGCCGGGGGGUGCGGGGAACAGCAGGACGGGGAGAAGACCCCCAAAAAACCUCCCCGCCGGAAGCGACCCCCGCCAGCAUCCCGGAAGCGCCGCCAUCUUGGUUGCUGCCGACAUUGCCACCGCCAACAUGGCCGCCGCCAACGUCGCCACCACCAACAUGGCCGCCGCCAACGUCACCACCACCACCACCAACAUGGCUGCCUCCUGUACGGCCGCCGCCAUGAUGGCCGCCAUCUUCUUCCCCCCUCAUGGUGCUGCCGCCAUCUUGCGGCCCCUCAGCCCCGGGUGUCCCUCCACGAUUGUUUGUCCUGCGGCAGCGGCUGCCGCCUUCGAGGGAGGGUCCCCGUGGUGCGUUUGGGGGUCCCCGUGACCCCCGAAACCUCCCCCGAAACGCCCGCCCCACCCCUGGCGCUCCCCACGCCCCACCCCGACCCCAAAUUGUCGCUCUACGCCCACGUCCGCCUUGGGGGGGGGUCCCCGAAAUUUGGGGUGGGGCAGGGGGGGUGUGGGGCCGGGACCCCCCCCCGGCUCAGGCUGGUGGUCACUCAGGGGGGGCUGGCCCUGGCCCUGCCCCCCCUUUCUGAGCAGUGAA